GCUAAAUCAAUUAUUCGCAAAUGGAAGACUUGGACACGAAAUCCGAAAUUGUGCUUAUAGUUUUCUUCUUCCUAGUGAUACUUUUAUUUUCUGCCUGCGCCGUUGGUAUCUUCGUUCACGACUACCCGCAAGUGAGUGAAGCAGGACAUGCUUGUUUAUGUAUAAUAGUCAUCGUAUUGGUGCCCUUGUUCAGUGUCUUUCUUACUGACUGCACCUUUAGAAUAAAGAGAUUGCACCGAAUCCGGGAAGGGCAACGAGAAAGCCCUGAAUUCUCGGUGGACAACGUGGUCAUAAAAAAAAUCGACGUCACCGGCGGCAACACCCUCUCCGCCGCCCUCAGCUUCACCCUCCACGCCAACAACCGCUACAAAAGCCGCGGCAUUUACUACGCCGCGGCCGAAGCCAAACUCUCUUUCUACUACUACGCCGACGGGUACGGCCGCGCCUCUCUCAUCCGUCAAUCGAGAUGGUACUAUCUCAAUAGUGGGACCCUUGCGUUCGCCGCCAUGAGCUCCGCCCCGGUCAACCUGCCGCCGGGAAACAACGUCCCGGCUGGCGGCAUCGCCUUCUCUGCGGAGUCAAGGAACGUGACGCUCACCGGCGAGCAGGCCUCGCUGUUGAUUGAAUAUAAGGAGAACUUGGAUAGGUUCGAUGCGUUCUUGACGGUGAGAGCUCUGGUGAAGAACGGCAUCUCCGACGCCCGUUCUCGGUUGCUUGAGGUCACGUGCGGGUCUAUGUCUCUCGUGCCCAAUUCUACGCACGUGUUCACGUGCGCAUAGUUGAAGGUUUGAACGUUGAAACUAAAGUGCAUCGAUGCUGAGAUCAACAAGGGCAUGCAGUCAUGAUGAAGAAAUGAAGUAUCUACUUUACUACUUAAUCAAUUAAUUCUUAGCUUAUACGUAUGUAGUGCUUAGCAAAACAUUUAGGUUGUUGAUGUACUUUGAAUCAUGCGUGAUAGUUUUAUAAGGAGUAUAUCAUUAUUCUAUUGUACGUUUAAUUAAGCACCCACUUUUUCUUAAUACGACUAAUGUGAUUGAGGGUGGAUCCUGAAACAACAUCCACAACAUCAUGUGAAAAUAAUUCUGAAGGUUUCAAAGCUUACCUACAAAGAGCUUUGACAUCAUCACUUCACGAUGGAAAAAGUUUCAUUCUUGC